CAUUUGCUCCAUCAUUUUUGAACAUUGAAUUUACCACUUAUACCGAGAAGUGUCUAGUCGCUGUAUACCCAGAACCGCCAUUAUUCGGACCUUAAUUUGGAGACACCAUGCUUGGGCUUGGUGCAUAUCAAAGCAGUAGCGAAGACGAAGGAGAAAACGAAACCCCUUUAACGGCGCCUAAGCAUGAGACUAAGGAACAACCUGUUCAAGAGUCACAAGCCGCAGAUGUUAAUGCGCCCAAAACAUUGGAAAAGAGAAGUCCUAUCCCAGAAAUAACUACGAAUGCGGAGCCAGUCGGGCCAGUUCUUGGACCUUCGCAUCCUCAGGGACCACAUGUAGCAAGCGGGGGCUCCCCCGACGGCCCAUCUUCUCCCUUUUCAACAUCUCUCGCAUUAACACACGACUUAACACUCCCUACUGUCCCAAAUCUAGAUAUACCGCCAUCUCCGCCAGGUUCCCCUGAUCCCAAGGCAAAUGCCAAGUUCGCGCAUUUCUUAUCAUUGAAAAAACAGGGGACACAUUUUAAUGAGAAACUUGCCGGCUCCUCUUCACUCAAGAAUCCGAGCUUGCUCAUGAAGAUGAUGAAACAUGCGGGAAUCAAUGAUGAAGCGCAAUACUCUACUUCACUACCUCCCGACCUUUGGGAUAUGUCCAAUUUACCGAAUUGGGGUUACAAGGAGGAACUUUUAAAGAGGCAGCAAGAGAUCCGUCGCAAAACGGAAGAGAAACGGCUUAGUGGCCAAAGAGAUUCUAUUGAAUUCGUGUCAGGGACAUCUGAAGGCAGCGGCCGUUCGAAUUUGCCAAGUUCAAGAACUAAAGCGAAUUCUGCCGGUAGAGGUGCGAGGUCUUGAUCCAAGCCAUUGCAAAACCAGUCCAAGUAGGGCCUGGCUGCUGGAGCCAGGUCUUUUAUCUAUGCUACUGAGCUACAACUUGCCGGGACCGAGAGCAUGGGGGCUGAUGCCAACCCGAGAAUAAGCCUAAGUGAUGGUAAGGUGAAGCUGUUCCAAUAGCUUUGGCAAACAUCUAAAAUCUAGUACCUAAUCUGGAAACAAUGCGACGAAUCUAUGAUGUCCCGAAUGAUAUUACCAAAGGAAAUAAACCAAGAAAAAGCAAAAGAGAGGGUUGGUAGAAUGCAGUGGCUGCAAUGAUCCAGGGAGACUGAUGUACCUCGGAUUGCACAUAUGUACCAGUCCAGAGACAAUUAUCGUAGAAUCCUAUACUCUGUAGAUAUAAGGGUUAUGUUAUGGAAAAAGACAAAAAGAGCAAACAUCUCACGUGUUUAAGCUCCGAUAGGCGCGC